AUGGCCGCCCAAACACACGAGACGGUGCCAGGAGACGAAAUCUACGGACCGGGGACCUACAUCGACAAGGGAUUUCUGCCGGUGCCAGAGGACGCUCGCCGCGUCUUCAAAUUCCUUGCUUCCCAGACACCGGGAUUCACAAGAGACGCGGCGCUAUGGAAUACUGUCAGAUUUGAGGGUCGCCCCGACCCCAUGAUCCCUGGUCCAAUGAAAGCCCCCGUUGUAUCUGCUGCUCUUCACGCCAUGUGCGGCUUGGUCGCCAACGAGUUGAUAGAGAUCCGAGACAGGAAGCCAGCUAAAAAUUCUGGCGUCACUGUAAACACUGACCAUGCCGGUAUCUGGCUCGGAUCAACAUUCACCGCAUACAUAAACGGGACCGACAUCUCGAGUUUAUUUCGAUCUCGAUCAUUGGCCAAUAUCUUCGAUCGAGACUUCGAAAAGGGAUUCGGGAAAGGGCCGUUAGCUCUGAGGGCGACGGCGCUGUACCCGACAAAGGACUUGAAUGUGUGGUACCAGCUACACGGGUCUCUGGAUGCAAGCAAAACACUCAAUUCAAUGGGGAUCAACAUGGACGUAUCAUUCAAGUCGAUUUCGGAGGAGUACGACUAUAUUCGUGAGAAUGUACAGAAAUGGAGUCCGGAUGAACUUGAGAUGCACAAUGUGAGGCAUGGAUUGUGUGGUAGUAUUUGCUACUCCCCUGAAGGGUGGAGGAAGACAGAGAUGGGCAAACGACUGGCAAAACAUCCGCUUAUCAACUAUACCCAUGAGUCUUAUGCCAAGUCAACCCCACCGGUGCCAUAUCCCACGCUCUCUGAUCGGAGACCGUUAGCUGGGAUCAAGGUCCUGGAAAUGGUUCGAAUCAUUGCUGGCCCUACUAUCGGCGUUACUCUCGCUUCGUACGGAGCAGACGUUAUCCGAGUCAACUGCAGCAAACUAGCGGACUUGAAUGUCCUCCAAUUGACCCUCAACGCAGGGAAGCGUACUGUCGAUUUAGAUAUCAAAGAUGAGAAGGAUAUGGCUUGUCUCCAAGAGCUCAUUGACGAUGUCGACGUAUUUGUUCAAGGCUUUCGCUAUGGCUCACUUGAAAGGAAAGGUCUCGGUCUACGAAGCAUGCUGGAAAUGGCCGCCAAAAGGAACAAGGGAAUCAUCUACGUCGAUGAAAAUUGCUAUGGACCGGAUGGCCCCUUCGCCGAGCGACCAGGUUGGCAGCAAAUUGGUGAUGCCGCCUCUGGUGCCUCGUAUGUGAUGGGAAGGUCUCUGGGUUACCAGGAAGGCACCAGUGUUCUCCCGCCUCUCCCAAUAUCUGACAUGACCGCUGGCCUUGUAGGCGCUUUGGCAACGAUGUUGGCGAUCCGGGACCGCGCGCAAAAAGGAGGCUCGUACCAUGUGGUAAGCUCACUUGUGGCUGCAGAUACAGUUUUACUUGAUGAGGCCGUUGGUCUUUAUCCUGUCGAAGUUGUGCAGCAGACUCUGGGUCAAUUCCAGUUCGAGCGCAGCUCCCCGGAUCAGUUUGUUUCCGAGAUUAUGGUCCAGGUAAUUGACGGCUGGAAGCGAGUUUUCCCAGAAUAUCUGGCCCAAGAUUCACCCUUUAUGGCCAGGUUUGAUGACAGUCCGUGGGGACGACUUGAUAUGCUACAGACAGUUGCGAGGCUGGAUGACAGCGAAGCAACUCCUCAUUGGAAGAGCCCUCCAGUGCCAAUCUGCUAUCAUGCCAAUAACAUCAACUGGGCUUAA